GGGCAAUUCAGGUUAUCUUACCAGCUGCAUCUUGCAUCUUCCAUCUCUCACCUUCCUUCCCUCCCCCUCUCCCACCUCUCCAUUGCACCUUCCCUCCCAACCUUCCACCAUCCAAACCACAACCACAGCCACCUACCAAAAUGCCCGACCGACACAAGAUCUACAUCGACAUCGUGCGCCUUCACGAAGCAAUCGAAACAAUCGAAAGCCCCCUCACAGCCCGGAACCAGGGAAUGACCAUCUACCAAGUCCCCAACGACCUGUUCCUCAACCAGCUUGGGACCUUCAAGCCAGCGCUCUUCCAGCCGCGGCAGGCGGGGCGGAAGACUGGAAAGGGUAAACAGAAGCAGAAAGCGAAAGAGAAAGAAAAAGAGAAAGAGAUGAAGAGGAACUCCAAGACAAAGCGCAAAUCCAAGGAACCCCCAACCGAAGCAGCCCGAACCCAAACGACAAACUCGGAGGCAGAAUGUGCCGCGCCUGCCUCGGCCUCCUCGCCCUCUUCUCCCUCGUCUACAUCCACAACGCGUGCCCACCGCUCGUUUUCGCUCUGGCCGUCGACCUCCUCUCCACCGAGACCCUCCUCAUCCUGCUCUUCGCUCUCAUUUGGCACCUUUGAGCCCGAGCCCUGGCUUCCCGAGGGGAGUCGCCUGCCCGUCUAUCCGCCUGUGCUGAAGCAUGUUGCUGAGAUGAAUGAGUGUGAACGUGGACUGCCAGCGCUGCCAGGGUGGGGGGAGUGUGUGCUUGAGAAGGAUGGAUUAACCUCCAAAGCAAAACACCCCUACAUGCACAACCUCGAACUCCACGAAGAUGGCCAGUGGGAAAUCACCGAGAUCCUCGAGGACCACACGUACAAGCGCCCUCACUGCGUCGCCGAGCUGUUCCUCAACCCCACGCACCAGAUGGAUAGCAGGAUGAUUUCCUUGACGGAGAUCAAGGCUGUGCUGCGGCUCAUGAGGAACCGGAUGGAGCUAAGGCGGUACGCGCAUCAUUCUUCUUUUCCGGUCCUAAUGUUGUCGUAUGUCAGCUGUGGGGAGGGAGACGAUGCGAAAUGCAAGCCGGCGAGAAUCAUUCAGGCGCAUCACGAUGGGAAAAGGUUGACGAUUCAGUAUCUGCAGCUGGCGAACUGGGUUGAUAGAAAGACAACUGCCUCGACUCUCGGCCCGUUUGCUGCGUACUUUUUCAGCGAGCCCGUUAUGCCGAUACCGACUAGUCCCAGUGAGAAGCCCAAGAGGGGAUCGUGGCUGCAGGGUAAAUGGACCGAGUUCACGUCUUCUCGAUCUGAUCCGAUGACGGACAGUGAUCUGGACAAGAUGAUGCGUCGUGCUUAG